AUUUUUGUUUUGUCUGUAUAAUGAAUCUGCAGGUGGAGAACUUCUUCUGCAUGGGCUCUCCUCUGGCUGUGUUCCUGGCGCUGAGAGGGAUUCGGCCCGGGAACACCGGCGACCAGGACCACAUCAUGCCCAAGUCCAUCUGCCGGCGCCUCUUCAACAUCUUCCACCCGACAGACCCUGUGGCCUAUCGACUGGAGCCUCUUGUUUUAAAGCACUAUAGCAACAUCGCUCCUGUCCAAAUACACUGGUGUAACACCAUCAACUCCUGUCCAUAUGAUGAGAUCAGACCCACGUAUAUAAACGUCAGUAACGACACCGAGAACAGUCCCAGCACCUCACCUGUCCUGGCCAGUCGACACUACGGGGAGUCCAUCACCAACCUGGGCAAGGCCAGCAUACUGGGAGCGGCGAGCAUCGGCAAGGGCAUCGGCGGGAUCCUCUUCUCUCGCUUCUCUCGCUCGCCCAGCCUGCCGUCAGCCGGGGAUUCUGGGAUGUGUGACAGUGAGGACAGCCAAAGCACUUUCUCCUUUUCAGCCAUAUCUCCAUCCUCCUCUGUAUUCGACACAGCAGUGGAGAUGGAGCAUCGCAUGGACUAUGAGCUUCGGGAGGGUUUGGUGGAGAGCCGCUAUUGGUCAGCUGUGACCUCACACACGGCCUACUGGACGUCCCAUGAUGUGGCCCUGUUCCUCCUGACCUUCAUAUACAGGCCCCAGCGCUCCGGCCAGGCAGAACACACACACACUCACAGUCAAGACUGACCCAUCCGCUCCAUCCCGAACACUUUAAACAACACUCGGUGCCUGAGUUUCUUCCCGAAGCCUUUCCCGUACGGACACAGGCUGGACUAUGCAAACCGCGUUAUCAACUAACUCUCGUAUUUUUUUACACAAUGCAAGUCCAAAGAACGGAGAGUGUGUGCAGCACAUGGGUCUGUAUUUAGUCCGGCACUUAUUUAAAUGUCUACGUUUUAUAGAUAUUUUUGUUUUGACUUGAGAAAUCAAUAUCUGUUAAAUGCAAUAACACGCAGAAGGAAAUGUUUAUUGUUUAAUUGUAUUUUUAUGCAGAAGGACACUUGAGUUUGUGUGUAACUAUAUUAUUUAUUUAUUGUGUUGACGUGAUUAUGAAUGAUUAUGGAGGGCUGGGCACAGUUUUCAUAGCCAAAUCAUUCCAAGUGUGUGUGUGAGCAGGUUUACCAAGUCUUGCGGAAGAUCGUACUGCCGUUUUAGCGUUUCUGUGUGCCACAAAUAACACCACUGUUCAGAUGUAGACGCUAGCUCAUGAAAACAUGAUAUCAUUCUCAAGACUGUUCUGUCAUAUCCGUAAAGCUCACGUGUUUAUCCGUCGGUUCACCUGCACUUUAACAGCAGAAGGUGUGUGUGAUGAGAUUGAGACCGUCAUGGCUGACAUUAUCUGUGUUUAUUUAUUUUUGUACCCGUUAUACCUCUGUUUCCCAGCCCGGUUCUGUCUUGUGUAUCCCAUCAUAAACGUCAUCAAGGACAGAAACGUGUUCCUGUGAACUCGUGUGUUACACUGGAUAUCUGUGUUUAGAAAUCAAAUCUGGGACGUUCAACGCUGGUACAAUUAUUUGCUUUCUAAGAAUCACAAAAUAUGAAAAAUGAUUUUAUCCAAAGUUGCUCGCAAAAGAGGAACAAAGAGUCCUCAAUAUUCAUAACAUACAUCGGGUAUUGGAGGCCGGUCAUAUAAAGUCAACAUAAAUCAGGAACGAUAACACACACACACACACACACAUGUGGAUGUAUUACACACACUUUCUGUUUCUGUUUUACAGGUUUAUACACAAACAAAACUAAGUCUUAUCAACAUCCUACAGGUUGGGAAUCGUGUGUGUGUGUGUGUGUGUUUACCUGUGUGUAGCAUGUUAUAUCACUGACCUCUGUGCAAUUUUGUGUUUUUGUGUCAGAAUAUUUAUAUAAAUAUAGAUGACAUCUCCAUGUUUGGUUUUCUGCACCAGCAAUCAUUUGCUCGAGUGUUUCUCAUGUAAGACAGAAAUAAAUAACUUAAGUUUA